AUGCCCGAUCACCCGGUGCUGACGCAAGACUCCUCCAUGCUCACCCGCCGCUUCGGCAAGGAAGUCAUCAACUAUUACGCCGGCAGCCGCCUCAACCGCUACUCCUUCCUGCGCUCCGACGCCAAGUUCUUGAGCAACGCGGCCGCCUCGACGUCGGCUUGCUUCCUCGCCCUCAGCAACCUCGCCCCCCUCGUCCUUGACAAGCGCUCUCUCGCCCUCCUCACCUUGGACGAUGUCGAACCGCUCAUAGGCCGCGUGCUGUUCGCCCAAAGUGAUGCUGAAGCCAUCGAGCAGUUUGAUUCAUCCACCAAAACGCCCUUGGUCCUCUUCUUGGGUGCCCUGGACGAAACGGACGCUCCAGAGCUCGAGACGCAGAGCCAUGGCAUCGUCAGGGCCCGGCCAUUCUUCGCCGUCGACGCCACCCCCAGGGAACCCUACGCCGACGCCGCCUCUGCCUUUUUGCGGCAGCAGGAGGUGCUGGGCAGGAAGCUGCAGACCGACUCGAGGAGCAUGACGCUCAACGCCGAAGCCGCAUCCAUCUACGCCCAAGCGAGAUCCAUGAUAGACUGGAACGGCCGCCACCCCUUCUGUGCCGGCUGCGGAAACGCCAACCUCUCCGUCGAGGCCGGCUACAAGCGUGUCUGCCCCCCCACCGAUCUCCGGGGCUCCGCCGAUGCGGAAACGCGCGGGGACUGCCCGACCCGCCACGGCGUCUCGAACGUGUGCUUCCCGCGUUCCGAUCCUACCAUGAUCGCCGCCGUCGUCUCCGCCGACGGGUCCCGCAUUCUGCUCGGCCGCCAGAAACGCUACCCUCCCGACUGGUACAGCGCGCUCGCCGGCUUCCUCGAGCCCGGCGAGUCCGUCGAGGAAGCCGUGAGGAGGGAGGUCUGGGAGGAGGCGGGUGUCAAAGUCGGCCGAGUCGUCGUCCACUCCUCUCAGCCUUGGCCGUACCCGUCGACGCUCAUGCUCGGGGCCAUAGCCCAGGCGCUGCCGGGUGAGGAGACCAUCGCUCUGAAUGACAAGGAGCUGGAGGAGGCAAGAUGGUUUACCAUCGACGAGGUGCGAGAUGCUCUGAGGAGAGGCGCAGGCUCCCUCGUCAGUCCGCCGUCAAAGGAACGCAAGGAGGGGCAGUUGCGCGUGCCCCCGCCGCAGGCCAUUGCGAACCGGCUGAUGACGGCCGUGGUGGACGGCUACAUGACCGGCAUUCCCAAGAUUUGA